AGUGGCAGUCAAAAUAAAAAAAACAGUACAGUGCUUUCGCUUUGUCAGCAUCAGCUGUACCUAGUUUGUCGUAUAUAUGUGUAUACAUCACAUGAACUUUUUAACCACUGUUUAUGCUGACAACUUGGAUAUUUUAUAUUAGAAGUCUCUGAGCAAUAUAUUUCACAACAGAAAUAUACACUGAUAGAUCUCAUAUUUCCAGAAAGCAUCCUAUAAUUUAGGAGCGUUAGAAAAUUCUUCAGAAUGAGCGAUACAUUAGAUAAAAGUCUUUAUACUUUGCCGUCUGAUCAGCCAAUUGUAGGCUUAGAAGUAAAAUCUGCUUUCGAUGGAUUGACUGACAAAGAAAAAAAAUAUGCUCAUUUUUUGAGCAAAGCAUCUUGGGUUGGGGGCUUAGUUACCAUGAUUCAAACCAGUUUGGAAUCAGGGCCCAUCUUUGUAUUACUACAUAAACUUUUCUCCAAACAAAGUUGCAAAGAUUUCAAGGAUGUUUGUCUUGAAAAAGGAUUCUCAGAAGAAGAUAUCAACGCCCUGUUAAUUUAUACUUGUGGUGUUUUUGCAAAUGCGGGUAAUUACAAAGGCUUUGGUGACACCAAAAUUAUCCCUAACAUUGAGUGCACAACAUUUGAAAAUUUGAUCAGGGUAAGCAGUGUUUGGUCAGAGCUUGAACCAAUAUGGAGCCAAAUAAAAUCAGAUGUUUAUAAUUUAGAAAAAAGUAAAAGAUGUUUAGGUUGCAACCCUGAAGGCUGUACAACAUACUUAUCGAAAAACUGCACUAAAGAAGAUAAUGAAACUGUUACCAAUUGGGUAAAAAGUAAGGAUUUGGAAUUAUGGAAUACAAGACUUUUCAAAUCUACAACAGAAGAUGGGAAGGUAGAAUAUGAAAUUCGUUUAGCUUCGAAGGAGGCAAAAGAAUUGAAAAAAGAGACUGUAGGAAACAUAACGUAUCGACUCACAUCUGGUGAUUAUUCUCCUCUUAUGUCCAAAAUUGCUGAACAUCUACAACAAACUGUGUCAUAUGCUGCCAAUGAAACACAACAAAAAAUGUUAGAAUCUUAUAUUUCUUCAUUUACUAGUGGAUCACUAGAUGAGCAUAAAAAUGGAUCGAGAUUUUGGAUUAAGGAUAAAUCACCAGCUGUAGAAAAUUACAUUGGUUUCAUUGAAACAUACAGAGACCCUACAGGUGUGAGAGGAGAAUUUGAAGGUUUUGUAGCUGUUGUCAACAGGGAAAUGUCAGCGAAAUUCAACACUCUUGUAUCUGAAGCAGAAAAAUUCUUGCCUUUAUUACCAUGGAACAAAAAUUUUGAAAAGGACAAGUUCCUCAAACCUGAUUUCACCUCUUUGGAUGUACUCACUUUUGCUGGAAGUGGAAUACCAGCAGGAAUCAAUAUUCCCAAUUAUGAUGACAUAAGGCAAACAGAAGGGUUUAAAAAUGUGUCUUUGGGAAAUGUAAUUCCUGCUAGUUAUCAAGCUACAGUGAGUCCAUUUUUGAGUGAAGCUGAUGGAGAAUUACUACAAAAAUACAGAAUACCUGCCUUUGAAUUACAGGUUGGUUUGCAUGAACUCUUGGGCCAUGGAUCUGGUAAACUAUUGAAAAAAGAACGUAAUGGUACCUUUAACUUUCCAUCUGAUCUUGUUGAUCCUUUGACAGGUGAAGUUGUGUCCUCCUAUUAUGAAUCAAGUGAUACAUAUGAUUCUAAAUUUGGAUCUCUCAGUUCAGCCUAUGAGGAAUGUAGAGCUGAGGCUGUAGGGUUAUAUCUUAGUUUAGAACCCUCAGUGUUGAAGAUUUUCGGACAUGAAGGAGAAGAAGCUGAGCAUAUUGUGUAUGUAAAUUGGUUAUCUUUAGUGUAUGCCGGUGCAGGCAGAGGCUUAGAGAUGUGGGCCCCAGGAAGAGGAUGGCUACAAGCUCACUCACAGGCAAGAUUUGUACUAGCUCAAGUUCUCAUCCAAGCUGGAGUAGUCAAAGUUACUCAACCAACGAAAGAUGAUCUUUUGGUCACCCUUGAUAAAACACAGAUAAGAGGUGCUGGAAGGAAUGCUAUUGGUCAUUUCUUACUACAACUGCAAACAUAUAAAGCUACUGGAAAUAUCAAAGCUGCAGAAAAGCUCUUUAAUCAUUAUUCUGAGGUGAAAGAACCAUGGCUCAGUUGGAGAUCUAUAGUUUUGGCUAAAAAGCAACCAAGAAAAAUAUUUGUACAGAGUAAUACUUUUAUUGAUAAUGAAAAGGUUACUCUGAAAAGUUAUGAAAAUAAUGCAGAAGGUUUAAUUAAUUCCUGGGUAGAGAGAUUUGAUGAGCCUGAUAUUCUAUACAAGGCUCUUUUGGACUUGUCCAAAAAAGAUGCACAUCAUUUUGCUUGAGACAUUAUUACUGAAAAAUUAAAUACUCUCCUACAACAGGGAAAUAUUUACUUUAAUAGAAAAUUCUAUUGAAGCAAGUUAGCAAUUUAAAGUGAAAUUUUUUAAUGUAUUUAGUAGUUUAUGCUUUGAAUAUAAUUUAAAAAAAAAUUAUGCUGUAAUUUUAUAAAAUGAGAAUUCUAUAUAAAAUUUAUGAAUAAAAUAUUAUCCAAA